UGAACAAUAAUCGGCCGGUUUCCGUUUGGGCUAAGCAAUUGAGUGCUAGUGUGACCGUUUAAAGUUUGGGAAUGCAGAAAUGAUUAGUUCCUAUUAACUCGUGGCAGCUAUUUGGAUGGAUAAUCUUCGCCGGCACUAUUCGUCCAUAAAGUGUAGCAUUGUAUAGUGUAGAUUGUUAACAUCGUCGUACUGUCAAGGUUUAAUCUUAUAUACAUCAGCAAUUAUCAUGAAUCAAGAAAUUCGUUUUCGACUCAAACACGUGAUUAUCACUGCGUUCAUCAUCAGCUUCCUAUUUAUCUACUCGCUAAGCUCAAAUCGGGAAUGUGAAAGUGAAGCGUCAAGGUCAAAUGUUGAUGAUUCAUGGGCCUUGGGUCAAGGACGUGAUGCCUUCCUGCCUAAUCGCAAGGGUCCCACGAUCUAUGCGGUGACUCCGACCUACUCUCGGCCGGUACAGAAGGCCGAACUAACACGUCUCUCGCACGUCAUUCGCUUGGUGCCGAACGUAUUUUGGGUCAUAGUAGAAGAUGCAACUCAAACAUCAACGCUGGUUACCAAUCUAUUAAGGCGUAGCGGUCUGCAGGACCGAAGUGUGCAAUUGUUUGCCAAAACUCCCACAAAUUUUAAGCUGCAAGGCAAAGAUCCCAACUGGCUAAAGCCACGUGGCGUUGAGCAGCGCAAUGAAGCGUUAAAGUGGAUACGAACACAUUUGAAGCACGACGCAAUGGGUAACGGUGACGGUGAGCUAAGUCAGUCGAUAGUUUACUUCAUGGAUGACGACAAUACGUACAGCACGGAGCUAUUUGAAGAAAUUUCCAAAAUUGAAAGGGGCAAGGUUGGCGUUUGGCCCGUCGGUUUGGUGGGUGGACUGAUGGUGGAAAAGCCGGUCCUAAACAGGGAUGGACUGGUGCUCGGAUUUAACAGUGCCUGGAAACCGGAACGUCCAUUCCCGCUCGAUAUGGCAGGCUUUGCAAUAAGUUCCGACCUACUGCUGGACAAUCCGCAGGCACAGUUCAGCUAUGAGGUUGAACGGGGCUAUCAGGAGAGUGAAAUAUUGCGCCACCUAACGAUCGCUCACGAUAUGCAACCGCUGGCGAACCAGUGCAAGGAUGUGCUAGUGUGGCACACACGAACCGAAACUCCCAAACUGGACGCAGAAAAAUCGCUUCAAAAAAGUGGUAAAAAAUCGAACGAAGGUAUGGAGGUGUAAAGCACAUAGACGGUAAGCAUUUUAUUGGCCAAUGGCAAACUAAUGGUGAUGGUACUCGGGUAACCUAGGUUAAGAAAAUGGUACAUAAUGUAAAGAAAGCCAAAUCAGUGGACCACAAAAUCAUGUUCGGAUGGGGAAGCGCAGCAAAACGUUAAAUUAUUAUCUCAUUUAUUUAUAUCAUACAUUUCAUUGAGAUUUUAAACAUUACGAUAUACCUUUUGGCCUAAGACACGUUAGACGUUAGUGAAACUUUGGUAGCUUGUGUAGAAUAGAAGUGGGGUAAGCACACGAAUAGAAUUACACUUUUAAAAUUAAGGAAAAAUAUAAAAUUCUUUUUUUUUUA